AUGUUUCUCGGGAUACCAGGUCUGAAUAAGUUCGUUUCAAGCAUUACCAUUUCGGAACUCGAUGACUUUCCCGACCGCUGCAAUUAUUUUUACACAGUUUUGACGUUAUUAUUCUUCUCACUACUUAUUGGUACCAAACAACAUUUCGGUGCUCCAAUUCGUUGCCUUGUCGAUCGGCAAUACUCAGGUUCUUGGAUUGGUUAUGUACAUGAUUACUGCUUCAUAUCGGAACGUUAUUCGUUAACUCCACCUGAAUAUGAAGCAGAUGAAAUUGCCGCUUUCGACCCAACGCAUGAGAAAAAGUAUGAAAAUUAUUACCAGUGGGUGCCAUUUCUUUUGGCUGCUCAAGCGCUAUCCUUCUAUGUGCCACAUUUUCUGUGGAGAUGGUUUCAAAAAUUAAGCAAUUUGGAUAUGGCUUUCACAGUAGCUGAAGCAACUCGAAUAUACCAUAUGUUCAGAGAUGAACGCAGUAAGGCUCUAAAAGAUUUAGUGCGAUAUCUUGAACAGUGUCUAGUUUAUCCAGUUCGGCAUUCCGUUUUCGAAAAUAUCACUCGUGUCACUCUUGUUGGAUGGUAUUCGUCGCUCGUUUAUGUACUUGAAAAAUUGUUAAAUAUUGCAAACACGGUCUUGCAGCUUUAUGUCGUUAAUGCAUUUGUAGGUGACGGAACACUGCUUUGGGGUUAUCAGCUAAUCAAGGAUCUUUGGACAGGGAAAGACUGGGCGACCACUGGGCAUUUUCCGCGAGUGGUAUAUUGCGACUAUAUUAAGCAUGAACUUGCGAACGUUCAGCGCAGAACAGUUCAGUGUGCGCUUGCAAUAAAUAUACUUAAUGAAAAGGUGUUCGCAGUAAUGUCUGCAUGGUUGUUGCUGCUGCUUGCAGUCAAUAUUAUUAGCGCAAUUUACACAGUUACCAUAUUGUUCAUGCCGACAUUCCGUAAGCGUUCUGUAUCAAAUUAUUUUCAGGAUUUCGUUUGCAGAGAAGAACCGCUCGAUGAUAACCUCUUUGAUAAUAAUGGUGAUUUUUGUGAGAAGUUGUCCGAGGACCAUUUUUCAAAUACUACAAACGCUUCAUUUCCCAGAAUUAGACGUCGUCUGUGUGCAACGGCUGAAUGCGAAACUGUUAACACAGAGAGUGAAAAGACGCGAGGAUCUAAAGAACAGAAACAGGCGAUUUCCUAUCGACAAUUAAUAUUACUAGCACAUCAAAACAAAUAUUUUCUAAAUAAUUUUAUUUGCGAAGCAAUGCAUCCAGACAGUGUUCUUCUAUUGCACUUUAUACAAUCUCAUGUGGGUAGGAUAGUUGCAUCUGAUAUUGUGUUCACACUUUGGGCUGAUUAUGUAAAAGCAAAGGAGUCCAGAAGACAUAAGUACCAACCGAAAGUUAUGGAUGGCAUGGCAUAUGAAACACCGACCUUGGAGGAAAACCUAACAGUACUGAACAAUAACCGAUAUUUUAAUAUGUCUUCCUCAAAAAAUGAUUCAGUGGAUGCCGAUUUUCUUUUAAAACCAAAAGAAUAUUCACAAGUAGUUGAUUCUGUGGAUUCAUGUUCAUCUACAGUGUGCUCAGGCCGAAAUAUAUUCAUUGGAAAAAUUGGUAACUGA